AUAAUAAGUGAUGAUGAGAAAAAGCGGAGGCCUAACUUUUUAGAGGGUGUGGUGGGACCUUACCUUUUUGCACUUUUAUCCCAAAUUCUCCACCAGACCUCCCAGAUUCUUUCAGAUUUCUCAGAUUUCUUUUUGCACUUUUUAUCCCAAAUUCUCCACCAGACCUUCCAGAUUCUUUCAGAUUUCUGAGAUUUCUCUCAAUUUCAGGGUUUUAACCAUUGCAUCUGCUUACACAUCAUACACACAAAGAACCCUUCUUCUCUUCUCUCUCUGGUCUUCCUGCUCCUCCUUUUCCACGAUUACCUCAUUUUUGGGCUCUGUUUCAACUGCCAUCAAUUGUGGCAUAUUGUUGAGUUUUGGUCUAUAUAACAAACACUUCAACAAGAUUGUGGUUCAUUAAAAAAUUUCCUUUCAGAAAGUUGAGUUAUCAUUGACAAGAAGUUUGGGAAAACUUAUUGAGGUUGAUUGUAUUGGGGUUCUGAUCCAACAGAAGGGUGAGAGUAAAACAUGGGCCAGUUAUGCAAUUUCUGUGGGGAGCAACGAUCAAUGGUAUAUUGCCGCUCUGAUGCUGCUUACUUAUGUUUGUCCUGUGACCGGAAUGUCCACUCUGCAAAUGCCCUUUCUAGACGCCAUUUAAGGACCCUCCUAUGUGAAAGAUGCAGUUCUCAAUCUGCCACAGUUAGGUGUCUUGAAGAGAAAACAUCACUUUGUCAAAAUUGCGAUUGGAGUGGGCAUGGCAGCUCAACCUUGGGUUCAACACAUCAGAGGCAGACAAUCAACUGUUACUCAGGGUGCCCUUCUGCAGCAGAACUUUCUAAGAUCUGGUCAUUUAUUUUGGACUUCCCAUCUGCUGACGAUUCUAAUUGUGAAAAGAAAUUGGGUUUAAUGAGCAUCGACGAGGACAACAUCAGUAAUUGUUGGGAGCCUACCGAAAAUAUCAGCACUAUAGACCUUUCUGUUGCAAGUAGAAUGAAAGACGUGGAAGAUGUUGAUAAGUCUGCUAUGUGGGUGGGAUCCUCUUCAGUGCCUGCACCGAAUCCCAGGCCAUGCAGAAUAGAUCAUCCAUCUGGAUCUGUGGAUCCAAUCACAGCCAAGUUGAGCUGUCCUGGAGCAAAGGUCCUUGGAGUCUGUGAAGAUAAUGAUCUUUAUGAAGAUUUCAGUGUGGAUGAUGUUGAUUUGAACUUCAAGAAUUAUGAAGAACUAUUUGGUAUGUUCCAAAAUAAUUCAGAACAGAUUUUUGAGAAUGGUGGGAUUGAUACCUUGUUUGGGACAAAGGACACGUCUGCUGUGGAUUCCAACAGUCAGGGUGAAAUUGUUGCAGAGGGUUCUUUGGCUGGACAGAUCAAAGCACUGCAGCCAGAAUGUAGCAAUGCAGCAUCUGCUGAUUCCAUCAUCAGCAGUAAAACAGAACCUAACCUCUGUUUUUCUUCAAGGCAAGCCCAUUCAAGCCUCUCGCUUUCAUUUUCUGGCCUGACUGAAGAAAGUAACGGUGGAGAUUACCAAGACUGUGGUGAAUCAUCAACGAUUUUAAUGGGUGAGCCUCCGUGGUUUCCUCCCUGUCCAGAUAAUUCAUAUCCAUCAGCUAGCAGGGACAGUGCUGUCAUGCGUUACAAGGCCAAGAGGAAUAAUAGGAGGUUUGAGAAGAAAAUCAGGUACGCCUCUCGCAAGGCCAGGGCUGAUGUAAGAAAGCGUGUGAAGGGCCGGUUUGUUAAGGCAGGCGAUGCUUAUGACUAUGACCCAUUGUGCCAAACCAGAAGCUACUGAGAGUACAGUUUUAAACUAUACUUACAAGGAAAGAAAAAGGCUGGUUUAAGAUCAACUUUGGAAAAUUCCAAAUUGAUUGUAUUUUGAGAGAGUUGAUCCUGUUCCCUGCUUUUGUUUGCAAUGACAAAUUGUACCCUUGUUUCACGGCGGUGCAGGGUUUGUCUUCUGUAAAGUAAUUUAAAAUAAAAAAUAAAAAAAUAAAAAAAAGCAUCAAGGGGGAAAGGAAUGGCUGAUGUAGGAGGUGAUUUUUUUAUUCUGAAGCUCAAAUAAUGAGAUUUCAGGUGGAAUUUUGGAAUGCUUCUCCAGGAAAAACCGGUGGAUUGUGACGUCUUCUGAUCACGGCACUGAAUGUUACUUACUUUCCUGCCUCUCUUCAACUUAUCCUAUGGUUGUCGGUUCUUCUUUCUAAGGCAUGAAUACAUGUUUUUCCCUUUCUAGGACCGGGAAAACAUGUCAUCUCUGUGCAACCCUCGACAACGCCCAAAAAAAAAAAAAUGAUGUGGUGUUCUGUACAUUUCAUCUCUGGUUUUGUACUUUCCCCCUCUUGUGCAUACACUAGAGGGGAUCAUAAAACAUGGCAACAUGGAUGAGGAUUCAUUACUUCAA